AUGGAUUAUAAUGUGGCCAACACAACGUUUUAUCUGACCACCAGUCACUUCAUCACUCGCCACUUUGGUUUAAUGGAUGAAGUAACCUUCGGUUAUUUUCUUAUGAUUAGUUUGGUCAUUAUCGGUGGAGUAAUCAACAUUGCUGGUUUUAUUUUCAACAGUAUCAGUAUCAUCGUCUUCAUCAAACUGGGCUUCACCGAUACCAUCAACAUCUCUUUGUUGAGUCUUGCCAUAGCGGACAUCGGUAUACACAUCACGAUGGUUGGUAACAUGGUCAUAUCCACCCCCGAUAUCUUACAAGAUACACCAAACUUUGAUCUUAUUAACGCCAUUGGUUAUCUAAUCCUGGGUUGGCCUCAUUUGAUGUUUAGCCGUAUUUCCGGUUGUCUGACAGCUUUUAUAAGUCUGGAAAGAUUCCUCUGUAUAGCUGUGCCACUGAAGGUCAAGGCCCUCAUCACACCAAAGCGAACAGCCAUGGUUUCCUGUGUUAUUUUCGGCUGUAUGAUUGGCUGUGUCAUCCCGGCUUUUGUCGCUUACAAAAUCGGACCAAAAUUUAACAAAGUCAACAAUUCAACUGUGUUCGGCCUAAUCACCAUUGAAAACUCUGAAGUUCUUGAAAACAUCAGUGUCGUUGUCAUCAUUUUUGUCGAGCUGGCCGUGUUUGCUCUUGUCGUCAUCUUUACUGUUGGCUUGAUACAGAAAUUUGUGGACAUUUCCAAGUGGAGGAAACAGGCGUCAUCAGCUUCUAAAAAUAAUAUCAUCUCCAGAAGAGACAGCGCCUGCAAAAUAGCCAGGGAGCUAAAAGAUAUUCAGGGAGCUAAAAGAUAG